AUUUAGAUCAAAAACUAAAAGGAAUCAUCAUCAUCAUCAUACUCCUCAUCCUCAUCAAUCAUUCCAUCCUGGAUCAUGUGAGAAAAGUCUGUCACUGACAGACUGUUUUUUUUUUUUCCCCCCUUUUCCUUUUCUGAACUUUUUUUUUUCCUCAAGUGGGGUGGUUCUUUCAAGAAGUUUUCUAGUGGAUUAAUUAAGAUUUUCUGCGUUGUUGCCAACUGCACCAUUCCUUUCCUUAAUUUCUUCAUCUUUUUUUUCAUUUCAAUUUCUUAACUACUGGGAACUGCCACUUUGGUCCUCAAUUCACAAUCAUUAUGGCCACCCAAACUCUUGAUUCCCAUCAAACUUCUACAUCCGAUGAGAAAAUGGUGAAGUUAAGUAGUGAAACAGUACAAAUGGAACAGAUAAAUGUCUCUUCACCACAAGAAACUGUAGAAGACGACAAAGAGAAAGGCAAAGCUGACAACGUACAUAUUCCAGAUAGUACUUUGUCCACAACAGAAGAAAAAGAAGUGGAUAUUCAGGUUGAGCCUCCUGUUAUUGAGGUGAAAAAAAGAGAUGAAGAUCCUGUUGUUGGUCUAUCAAUUCAAGACACUGUGAAGGUGGAAAAAGAAUCACCUUUUGUAGCAGAGGUAGUGACCUCUGUUGCUGAGGAGAGCCCAUCAUCUGAACCGGUUGGAGGAGAAGCAACAGAGCUGCCAGUAAUUGCGUUCUUGGAGAGGAGUAUAAAGGAGUUUGAUGCAGCUGACAAUGUUAAGAGCCCACCAGAAGCGCAGCCAACUGCACAAAAAUUAGAAGAGCAACCAUUAGAGGCUGUGGGCCUUCCAAAGUUGGAGGAUGAAUCAUCAGACGAUACGGUUGACAGUCAAGGAAAAGAGAAACCAGGUGCCGCUGUACAGUCUGCAACAGAAGCCGCAGAAAAAGUUGAAACUUUAACUGCGCCUGUUGAAGUAGAAGAGAAGAAGCCACAGAUUAUUGAUAAUCCAGAAUUAUCAGUUGUUGUAGACUCAGGUAAGGGCCCAGCAGAGGAAAAUGAGGAACUGGCGACAGAAUGCGUCAGUGUAGAGAAAGAACCAGACAAGGAACCAGAAGCUGGUGUUCCAGAAGAAUCCGUUGAACCAGCAAAGAAAGAAGCUCAGCCGAUAGAGGUUGUUCCAGCGGAAGAACCAAUAGAGGUGGUUGCAAAAGAAAUUAGUGAAACAGUUGAACCUCCAGCAGAAGAGAAGCAGCCAGCCGAAGUUCAUCCAAUCAAAGGAUUGGAAGAAGUGAAAGCAAAAGAAGUUCCCAAGGAAAAGGAGCAGGCAUCUGAAGUUGAACCAGCGCAAGAAUCAAGAGAGGUGAUUGAAACAAAGAUUAGUGAAUCUGUAGAAGUUCCCCAGGAAAGUGAAUUGCUAGUUGAAGUUCAUCAACCAAAAGAACUAGUAGCGAAAGAAAAAGAGACAAAUGAAUCCAUCGAACCUCUCAAGAAUGAGGAGCAGCCGGUUGAAGUUAUUUCCCAGAAAGAAUCAGUUGAAGUUCUGGUAAAAGAGGUUAACGUAUUAGUUGAACCUCACAAGAACAAGGAGCAGGCAGAUGAAAGCUUUUCAGUGAUAGAAUCUGGAGAAGAGAACAAAAAAGAAGCCAAUGAUUCCACAUUGGGUUCUGAAGAAGUUGAGAAACAAGAAAAGGAGAUCAUUGAAGUGAAGGAUGGUACAGGAGAGUUAUCUGAAAUAACUAAACAAGUUCUUGACACUCGUGCUGAGGCUGAAACCGUGAAAGAUGAGAAGCAAUUAGCAUCUGGAGAUGACCAUGGCCCAUCAAUUGAAGGGAAAAUCCAGGAAGAGGGAAGUGAUAAACAAGAUUCAGUAGGUCAGGUGGCUGAAUCUGGUCCUAUAGAAGACUCUGUUAAGGGCCCAGAAAAAGAGCAACCAGCUACAGAGUUUGUAAGCGUGGAGAAAGAGCCAAAGAAGGAACCAGAGACAACUAGUCUUCCAGAAAAAUCUGUAGAACCACCAAAGAAAGAAGCGCAGCCAAUUGAGGCUGUUUCAGUGAAAAAACCAGAAGAGGUGGUUGCAAAAGAAGUUAUUGAAACCCUUGAACCUCCAAUGCAAAAGGAGCAGCCAGCAGCGAUAGCAAAAGAGAGAAUUGAUGCGGUAGCAGAAGAAGUUACUGAAACAAUUGAACCUCCAAAGAAAGAAGCGCAGCCAAUUGAGGUUGUUUCAGUGACAAAACCAGAAGAGGUGGUUGCAAAAGAAGUUAUUGAAAUCAUUGAACCUCCGAUAGGAAAGGAGCUGCCAGCAGUGAUAGCAAAUGAGAGAAUUGAUCUGGUAGCAGAAGAAGUUACUGAAACAAUUGAACCUCCAACAGAAAAGGAGCAACCAGUAGUGAUAGCAAAAGAGAUAAGUGAGCUGAUCCCAAAGGAAGUUACUGAAACAGUUACAACGGGAAAGGUGCUACCAGUAGUGACAGCAAAAGAGAUAAGUGAGGUGGUUGCAGAAGAAGUUAUUGAAACGAUUGAACCUUCAACAGAAAAGGAGCAACCAGUAGUGAUAGCAAAAGAGAUGAGCGAGGUGGUUGCAGAAAAAGUUACUGAGACAGAUGAAACGGUUGAACCUCCAAUAGAGAAGGACCAACCCGUGGUGAUAGCAAAAGAGAUGAUUGAGGUUGUUGAAGAAAAAGUUAGUGAAACAGUCGAACCUCCAACAGAAAUGGAGCAACCUGUGGCGAUAACAAAAGAGAUAAGUGAGGUGGUCGCAAAAGAAGUUACUGAAAUGGUUGAACCUCCAACAGAAAAGGAGCUAUCAGUAGUGGUAACAAAAGAGAUAAAUGAUGUGGUUGCAGAACAAGUUACUGAAACAGUUGAAACGAUUGAACCACCAACAGAAAAGGAGCAACAAGUAGUGGCAGCAAAAGAGAUGGGCAAGGUGGUCGCCAAAGAAGUUACCGAAACGGUUGAAUCUCCAACAGAAAAGAAGCUAUCAGUAGUGGUAGCAGAAGAGAUAAAUGAUGUGGUUGCAGAACAAGUUACUGAAACAGUUGAAACGAUUGAACCACCAACAGAAAAGGAGCAACAAGUAGUGGUAGCAAAAGAAAUGGACGAGGUGGUCGCAAAAGAAGUUACUGAAACGGUUGAAUCCCCAACAGAAAAGGAGCUAUCAGUAGUGGUAGCAAAAGAGAUAAAUAAUGUGGUUGCAGAACAAGUUACUGAAACAGUUGAAACGAUUGAACCACCAACAGAAAAGGAGCAACAAGUAGUGGCAGCAAAAGAGAUGGGCGAGGUGGUCGCAAAAGAAGUUACUGAAACGGUUGAAUCUCCAACAGAAAAGGUGCUACCAGUAGUGAUAGCAAAAGAGAUAAGCGAGGUGCUUGCAGAACAAGUUACUGAAACGGUUGAACCUCUAACAGAAAAUGAGCAUCCGGUAGUGAUAGCAAAAGAGACAAGUGAAUCCAUUGAGCCUCUCAAGAAUAAGGAGCAAUCAGAUGACGUUAUUUCCCAGAAAGAAUUAGUAGAAGUUAUAGCACCAGAGGUUAGUGCAUCCUUUGACCCUCCUAAGAACAACGGGCAGGCAGAUGAAGGUUUUCCAAUGACAGAAUCUGGUAAGAGACUAAAAGAGGAGCCUCCAGCUAAAGAAUGUGUCAGCGUAGACAAUGAACCAAGGGAGGAACCAGAGACAAGUCUUGUUCCAGACUUAUUCGUUGAACCUCUCAAGAAAGAAGAGCAGACUAAUGAGGUUCUUACAGAAGAAGAACAAGUAGAAAUUAUCACAAAAGAAAUUAUUGAAACAAUUGAACCUCCAACAGAAAAGGAGCAGCCCGUUGAAGUUGACCGCCAAAAAGAAUCAGGAGAAGUGACAGAAAGAGAAAUUACUGAAACCACAGAACUCGUUCAUCCAGCUCAUGAAUCGAGGGAAGUGACUGCAGAGAAGAUUAGUGAAACUGUUGAACUUUCCAAGGAAAAUGAUUUGUUAACCGAAGUUCAUCCAGUGAAAGACUUGGAAGUCGUACCAAAAGGCACUAAUGAAUCCAUUGAACCUCCCAACAACAAGGAGCAGCCAGAUCCAGUUCUUUCCCAGAAAGAAUCAUCAGAAGUUAUAGAAAAAGAGACUAGUGCAUCCUUUGAACCUCUAAAGAACAAGGAGCAGGUAGAGGAAGAUUUUCCAGUUACAGAAUCUGGAGAAGUGAAGGGAAAAGAGACCAGUGAUUCCACAGGUUCUGAAGAAGUUGUGAAACAAGAACCCGAAGCAAUUAAAGUACAGGAAAAUGUGAGAGAAUUACCUGAGCUGACCAUUCAAGAAACUGACGUGGAGGUUGAAAAUAUAAAAGAUGAGAAGACAUUGGUUUCUGAAGGUGACAUUAACCCACCCAUUGAGGAAGGAAAACCCCAAGAAGAAGAGGCGCAAUAUGCAGUGGAAAAUGAUGAACAAGUUUCAGUUACUCAGGUGGCUAAAUCUAACCUUAUAGAAGAUUCUGAUAAGGGCUUAGAAAAGGAACCACAAGCUAAAGAAUUUGUCAGUAUAGACAAAGAGCUGAGGAAGAAACCAGAGACAACUUGUGUUCCAGAAUUGUCUGCUGAACCUUCCAAGAAAGAAGAGCUGGUUGAAGUUCUUUUACCAGAACAGGCAGAGGUGAUUGAAAAAGAAAUAACUGAAGUAGUUGAACUUCCGACAGAAAAGGAGCAGCCCAUUGGAGUUCAUCCACUAGUGGUGGAAAAAGAGAUUACUGAGCCCACAAACCUUCCUAAGACAAAGGAACAUGCAACUGAAGUACAGCCAGUGCAAGAAUCAAUGGAAGUCAUAGAAGAAAACAUUAGUGAAUCUGUAGAAGGUCCGAAGGAAAGUGAGUUGCUCAUUGAAGUUCAACCCGAGAAAGAACUAGAAGUCGUGGUGGAAAAAGACACUAGUGAAUCCAUUGAACCUUCCAAGAACCAGAAGCAACCAAAUGAAGUUCCACCUGAGAAAGAAUCAGAAGUUAUAGCAAAAAAAAUUAGUGAGUCCGUACCUCCCAGCAACACAAAGCUUCCAGAUGAAGGUUCUCCUGUGACUGAAUCUGAGGAGGUGAGAGCAAAAGAGACAGGUUCGGAAGCAGUUGAAAAACGAGAACUUGAAGUUACAGAAGUCAAGGACGGUAAAGAAGAAUCACCUGAAAUAACCAAUCAAGUUCUGAAUGAUUAUGUGAAGGUUGAAACUGAGGCAAUUGAGAAGAGUGAAAGUGUGAAAGGUGAGAAGUCAUUAGCUCUUGGGGAUGACAGUAAGCCACCUUUGGGAGUAGAACAAAUCCACAAAGAAGAGAAGCAACGCACAGAGGAAAGAGACAGACAAGAUUCACUUCCCCAGGGGGCUCAACCUAGUGUAGAAUUAACUACAGGGGACUUUCCUCUUCAGGAUGUGAAAAAAGAUGAAAAAAAGGAAUCGAUCAAUAUCGAUGGGGUUGAAAAGGUGGGAGAGGAAAUACAGAAAUUAACUCUGCCAAGGGAAGAGGUGGCUCCAAGAGAUUUUGAAACUGAUGCUGUGGUAGUAGAAAAGUCAAUUGAUGACCAAAAGGCUGGUGAGGUAGCUGACCUGAUUGCGGAAACCAAGAUAGAGGAGAGUAUUAAAGAUGAGAAACCAGCAGAGGUUGAAACUGGCAUAGCUCAUGUAAAUGAAACGCCUAAAGAACCCCAGGAACCUGAGUUGGAAGUAAAAGAUAAAGAAGCUGUGAAAACAGGAGAAGUUGCAAAAGUGAAUGACAAGAAAGAAGUUCCAUCAAAGCAUAGUCAUAAGCAUUCACACAAUCUUUUAUCGAAAGUAAAACAGUCACUGGUGAAGGCAAAGAAAGCUAUCAUUGGUAAGUCACCCAGCUCAAAAACCCUUUCCUCUGAAGCAAGGGAUGACGUUAAAGUUAAGUGAUGGUGUGGAACUAAUAAACACUGAAUAGUUCCCACGAAUGCCGUAUUACCCUUAUUGUUUGGACACGCAGCAUAUUCAGCGUUGCGGUGUCAGUAUCAUUUGAUUUCUCUUGGUUUGUUUCUUAUUCAGAAAAGAGUGUGUAUAGAAGAAGGUUUCCUUUAAUGCUAUACUUGAUACUGUACGAAUAUAUUGGUUUUUCUUUGUAUUUAUUAUUUGUUGGUGUUUUUUUAUAGUAAUUAUAAGAAGAUGUGGUUGUGAGGAUUUUUUGGGAUAGUUUUCAUAGUUGUAAUGUAAACUUUAAUAUUGUACCGUGAUGUGUAUAUUGUCAGCAUUUUUGUGGA